UCCGGCAGGAAAUAACAUCGUGGUAUUACUCAUUCGAUAAUUCAUUAUAUUUGGAAUGGACUAUCGACGUCUUAUUAGAGGCUUUGCUUUAAUUUUUAGUGUUUUAAAUCAAAUGGACCUAACUCAAGCGCAAGCAAACAUCUAUAACGAAUAUGAAAUAACCCUUUUUGCAACGAGGAAAACUUUCGCUGAUGCUCGGACAGAUUGCCAGAGAAGAAAUGGCGACUUGGUAAUUAUUGGAGAUGCCCAAAUCCAAGCAUUCAUCGCACCUUUAUUGGAUUCAACCAUUCCUGUUUGGGGAGGAAGUUUUUGGUACGUUGGUUACUGGAUCGGUGGUCAACGUCUAUCAAGAGAAAGCGUCUGGAAGUGGUUGAACGGAAGCACUAUACCAUUACCCAGCUCUACCAGUGGUUUAUACAAAAACUGGUUUGGUGUUGAACCUAAUGCACCUGCGAGCGACCAUGCAUGUGUAGCAAUGACACCUUACACUAAUACGGGUGGUUACAGAAGUACUAAAGGAGGUUGGGUGGAUGACGUUUGUACAAAUACGAAGUACUAUGUGUGUCAGAGACCAGAUUUUUGUUCUCCAUCACUCUGUCAAAAUGGUGGAACAUGCAGCAGAGGAACAACAACCUAUUCUUGCUCAUGUGCGUCUGGAUACAGUGGAACAAACUGUGAAACAGAUUUAUGUGCUACUGGAACUUGUCAAAAUGGUGGAACAUGCAACAGAUUGGCAAACGACUUUUCUUGCUCAUGUAUGCCUGGAUACAGUGGAACAAACUGUCAGAUUGAUUGGUGCAUCUCAUCACCUUGUCAAAAUAGUGGAACAUGCAACAGAAUUACAAAUAGUUACACUUGCUCAUGUAUGCCUGGAUUUAGUGGAGGAAACUGUGAAACAGAUUUAUGUGUUGCUGGAACUUGUAAAAAUGGUGGAACAUGCAACAGAUUACCAAACGACUUUUCUUGCUCAUGUAUGCCUGGAUACAGUGGAACAAACUGUGGAACAGAUUUAUGUUCUGCUGGAACUUGUCAAAAUGGUGGAACAUGCAACAGAUUACCAAACGACUUUUCUUGCUCAUGUAGGCCUGGAUACAGUGGAACAAACUGUCAGAUUGAUAGCUGCUCACCUGAUCCAUGUGCUAACAAUGGGAAUUGUAGUCGAAUUGUGGGUGGAUAUAAAUGUCAUUGUCAACCAGGUUACAUUGGAAGAAGAUGUCUUCAAGAUUUAUGUGUUGCUGGAACUUGUCAAAAUGGUGGAACAUGCAACAGAUUACCAAAGAAUUUCACUUGCUCAUGUAUGCCUGGAUACAGUGGCACAAACUGUCAGAUUGAUUUGUGUGCUGUUGGAACUUGUCAGAACAGUGGAAUCUGCAACAGAUUACCAAACAACUUCACUUGCACGUGUUUAAAUGGAUUUAAUGGAAGAAAUUGUGAAAUUGAUUUGUGCAUCCCACAACCUUGUCAAAAUGAAGGAACUUGCAACAGAGAACCACGGAAUUAUUCGUGCUCAUGCUUGCCUGGAUUUAAUGGACGAAACUGUGCAACAGAGAGUUUUUAUGAUGGUGGCAAUGGAUGUUCAAUACAUAUUAAUAUUCUUCCAUCACAAGUGAAAUCAUAUGAAGAGGCCAGUAUAAAAUGCAAAUCGCUUAAAGCAAAAUUGGCCAUUCUUAAAGUGAAUGAAUCGCUUCCUAUUACAAAACAAUAUCAACAAUUUUGGACAAAUUCUACAUCUAUUUGGUUGGGAGGGAAACUCACAAACGCUUCUUGGAACUGGGCAGAUGGAAGUCAAAUAGCAGGUUAUAAUACCUCAGCAAUGAAUGGUGUUUGUUUAUCAACAAAUAUAAAUGGAAGUUGGUUUUCUGAGAACUGCACCAAACAACUUGGCUUUGCGUGUGAAAAACGUGGUGAUGGAGUAGGUCUAUGCACAUCAUCUAAGUGUAAAAAUGGUGGAUUGUGUUUUGAAAGUGGCUGCCAUUUUCAUUGCACUUGUCCAUCUGGACACAGUGGUUCACUUUGCGAAACAUUUUCUCCAACUAAUUCACCAGGAACAGGAUUGAACCCUCUUACUUACAUCAUACCAAUUGUAAUCGUUGCCAUUCUUGUUGUUGUUGUUCUUGGAGUCUUUAUAAAACGAAAAUCAGGCAAAGUUCCGAAACAAACUACAGUUAAUUUUGUGGCUGAACCACAAAAUAACCAACCACCCCAAGCAAUAUAUGAAAACAAUGAAGGAUUAUAUGAGAACUUAUCUUAUCACCCUUCCAAUGAUGGUUCAAUUAUUUUGGAAAAAUUGCCAUCAAUGCUAAAGGAUUUGUUUGAUGACAACAGUGUUAUGUCCCUGAAAGAACAAUUUCAAAAACUUUUAAAUAGUUACACACGUCUACAAGGACUCAAAACAACAACUGCAUCAAUGCCUGAAAAUAAAACCAAAAAUCGUUUUAAGAACAUACUUCCUUAUGAACAUACCAGAGUUGUGCUUACUGAAAAUGAAGAUGGCGGUGAUUAUAUUAAUGCUAAUUAUAUUGAUUGUUUUAAUGUACCUGGGAAAUACAUUGCUACACAAGGACCUCUGCCUAAGACAGAGAAGGAUUUUUGGCGAAUGAUUUGGGAAACAGAAUCACAAGUUAUUGUGAUGUUAACCAACCCAUUUGAAAAAGGAAAGAAAAAAUGCCAAAAGUAUUGGCCUGAUUAUAACCAGCAGAAAAAAUAUCAAUCUUUUAACAUAACCUGUGUACAUGAGGAAGUGCUGGGUUGCUACACCAGAAGAAGUUUAAUAAUAGCUUAUAACGAUAAUACACGAAAUAUUACGCAAUUCCACUACACCACUUGGCCCGAUCACAGUGUGCCUCUUACCACUUCAGGAUUGCAUAGAUUCAAGAAGGCUGUUUUGGAACAGCAGCAAGUAACCAAAAAGAACAAGCCAAUUAUUGUACAUUGCAGUGCUGGAGCUGGACGUACAGGAACCUUCAUAGCUUUUGAUAGUUUGACAAUGGAGAUGCAGAAGAAAACUUGCAUCAAUGUAUUUGAAACUGUUAUGAACUUAAGAAAGCAGAGAAUGGAUAUGGUUCAAAAUGUGAAACAGUACAUGUUGUUACACAAACUGGCAGCAGAAGUUUAUGUACUUAAGCAAACUGAUACUCCGCUUAUGGAUCUGGAAACAAAGAUUCGAGAUUUGGAAUUGGUUUUUAUCACUUUUGUGGUUGGAUGCAAGAUGCAGUUCCUGACUCAGAAAACAAGGUUAUACACCUUAUCAAGAAAGCACAAGAUUCACAAAAACAAAGAAAUGGCAACAUUUUAGUAUAUUGCAAUGACGGUGUUGGGCGCACAGGAGCAUUCUUAUGCCUACUAAAUCUGACAGAAAGGGCAAAGCUGGAGGGAAAGGUUGAUGUUCUAAAAGAAGUAAAAGAUAUGAGAGAUAUGAGGAAAGGGAUGGUUAAUACAGAGCCUCUAUACAGAUAUGUGUAUUACUGCAUGGCAGAAUUUGCUGCAAAAUUUGAUGUCUACUCAAACUUCAAGGGUUGAUAAUAGUUUGCCACAU